ACCUCCGGAAGUCCCGUAUCCUGCUUCGCGUCCAGUAGAUCUACGACAUAGCCAGAGUCACAAGUGGAGAACACGCGAUCACGCGUGUCCUACUGCGAAGAGUGAGAGUCUUCAUCAGCAGACAAGAUCGCAGUCCCGCAGUGCCUUUGCCACAGGGCCAGUUCACAAUGGAUCAGUCGUGUUUAUGUUGUGUUCGAGGAGAGAGGGAAAAGGAACCUAGCGAUGUGCAGGAAUCAAGCACACGUGAAAUCAAACGAAGUCAAGGUCUUUCCAUAAGACAACUUCCAAAUUCUCCGUCGCAACACCGUAAAGUCCGUAGCCUGAGUCAGGGACACAUCAGUAGCCCGCCUCCUGUUGAAGCGGGACAAGCAGACACUGUUCAGCCCCAUGGUGAUCCGCCUUCAACGGUGGAACCAGGUACAGACAGACUUCGUUGUGUUCAAACCACAUCUGGAACUCUGAAGCAGCCUUUCGGAGCCAUUACACAAGUGGGAGAGCGGCAGGCAUCAGAUGUGCAGUGUGAGCAGGACAACCCCUGUGGAGCGGAGCAAGGUGAUUCACAAUUUCACUCGUGCUCGCAAUUCCCUUCAGAUACCAAUUUGACUAAGCAGCCAACAUCUGGAGUUGAGAGUCGAAGAGCGCAUGUGCAAUCACCUUCAUCAGAUCAAUCCAACCAGUCAGAAACGCCUGUUUUUGGUUCCACUGCAUCGUCCACGUCCCUUGCAGGUCUCGAAAGCCAUCCAAAGGCAUGCGCUUUACAACCAGCAGUGCAGUUGGUUGCACUUGAUCGGAAUCUGGCUAACUCGCCACAGCUACCAGCUCCAGGAACUACUCAGGAUCCUCCGCUAACGAUUCCAGAACCAAAGAAGGUCUCACAGUCUCCGACUGCACAGCUAGUGGAUCAACAAGAGCUGCUAGAUGCACUCGAGGAGCCCCAUUUAACAACUCCAAAAUCAAAGGAUCAGCCACCGUCAUCAAUUCCAGCAAACGAUGAGACGACUCAGCUGUCAAAUCUAGAGCCAGAUGACAAGCCACCAGAACAAAAUCCAGAGCAAGUGGUGCAGGAAAUGCCAUUAUCAAAUUCCGAGCCAGUGGCGCACACAGUGCCUUCACUUUCAGCUCCAGUAGAGAACUUAACAUUACCAAGUUCUCAACUAGGGGAGCAGCAAGUACAAACUUCGGAGGAAGAGAGAAAGGAAUUACGAUCCAAUCCAGAUCCAGAAGAGUCGCUUCACGCUAAAGCCUCGUGUGAAAUAGGUUCAGAUUUGCAAGAGCAAUAUGUGUCUUCCAAACCAGGAGCUGCAGAUCUGAAAAUCAGCUUGCCCAGUCCGAGAGAUAAAGAGCGUGUACAUGUUCCUGAAGGUCCACCAGCGGGGGCAUCUACAGGAGCCUUAACACACUCAGACAUGGAAGUAGAGUCACCAGCUACCAUCUCUAAAGACCUGCCAGGAACACGUCAAGUAGAUCUGCGGGUAGAGAAGUCAACGCCCCAUGUUUCAGACCCAACCAAGCCACCAACGUCAGUCGUGCCAGAAUCAGAGCACAGGUCAGGAACACCAUUACAGGAAGGUGCACUGGAUCAGGCAGUAUCAUGCUUUGACAACUCAGCAGACCAAACGCAAUCAAAUGAGCCAAAAGACACAGAACCAUCGCCAGAGCCAUCGUCGCCAUCUGCACCGGAACUGGAUACAACACGGCUACGCACCUCAGGCCUAAAUGUGGAGUCACCAACAUUCGGUGAUUGUACAAUGCUACGGACUGCAGACACAUCCAUUGAUCCAGAGCGACCAGCUUUGGCAGCAGCAGCACCAGCAGCAACACCAUUGGCAACACAAGCAGCACCAGCAGCAGCACCAGCAGCAAAACCAGAACCAGCAGCAGUAUCAGCAGCAAUGACAACAGCAGCAGUAGAAAACUUAACAUCGCCAAGUUCUCAACUAGGGGAGCAACAAGUACAAACUUCGGAGCAAGAGAGAAAGGAAUUACGAUCCAAUCCAGAUCCAGAAGAGUUGCUUCACGCUCAAGCCUCGUGUGAAAUAGGUUCAGAUUUGCAAGAGCAAUAUGUGUCUUCCAAACCAGGAGCUGCAGAUCUGAAAAUCAGCUUGCCCAGUCCGAGAGAUAAAGAGCGUGUACAUGUUCCUGAAGGUCCACCAGCGGGGGCAUCUACAGGAGCCUUAACACACUCAGACAUGGAAGUAGAGUCACCAGCUACCAUCUCUAAAGACCUGCCAGGAACACGUCAAGUAGAUCUGCGGGUAGAGAAGCCAACACCCCAUGUUCCAGACCCAACCAAGCCACCAACGUCAGUCGUGCCAGAAUCAGAGCACAGGUCAGGAACACCAUUACAGGAAGGUGCACUGGAUCAGCCAGUAUCAUGCUUUGACAACUCAGCAGAGCAAACGCAAUCAAAUGAGCCAAAAGGCACAGAACCAUCGCCAGAGCCAUCGUCGCCAUCUGCACCGGAACUGGAUACAACACGGCUACGCACCCCAGGCCUAAAUGUGGAGUCGCCAACAUUCGGUGAUUGUACAAUGCUACGGACUGCAGACACAUCCAUUGAUCCAGAGCGACCAGCUUUGGCAGCAGCAGCACCAGCAGCAACACCAUUGGCAACACAAGCAGCACCAGCAGCAGCACCUGCAGCAGAACCAGAACCAGCAGCAGUAUCAGCAGCAAUGACAACAGCAGCAGUAGAGAACUUAACAUCACCAAGUUCUCAACUAGGGGAGCAACAAGUACAAACUUCGGAGCAAGAGAGAAAGGUAUUACGAUCCAAUCCAGAUCCAGAAGAGUCGCUUCACGCUAAAGCCUCGUGUGAAAUAGGUUCAGAUUUGCAAGAGCAAUAUGUGUCUUCCAAACCAGGAGCUGCAGGUCUGAAAAUCAGCUUGCCCAGUCAGAGAGAUAAAGAGCGUGUACAUGUUCCUGAAGGUCCACCAGCGGGGGCAUCUACAGGAGCCUUAACACACUCAGACAUGGAAGUAGAGUCACCAGCUACCAUCUCUAAAGACCUGCCAGGAACACGUCAAGUAGAUCUGCGGGUAGAGAAGUCAACGCCCCAUGUUCCAGACCCAACCAAGCCACCAACGUCAGUCGUGCCAGAAUCAGAGCACAGGUCAGGAACACCAUUACAGGAAGGUGCGCUGGAUCAGGCAGUAUCAUGCUUUGACAACUCAGCAGACCAAACGCAAUCAAAUGAGCCAAAAGGCACAGAACCAUCGCCAGAGCCAUCGUCGCCAUCUGCACCGGAACUGGAUACAACACGGCUACGCACCUCAGGCCUAAAUGUGGAGUCACCAACAUUCGGUGAUUGUACAAUGCUACGGACUGCAGACGCAUCCAUUGAUCCAGAGCGACCAGCUUUGGCAGCAGCAGCACCAGCAGCAACACCAUUGGCAACACAAGCAGCACCAGCAGCAAAACCAGAACCAGCAGCAGUAUCAGCAGCAAUGACAACAGCAGCAGUAGAGAACUUAACAUCACCAAGUUCUCAACUAGGGGAGCAACAAAAAGUAAAAACUUCGGAGCAAGAGAGAAAGGAAUUACGAUCCAAUCCAGAUCCAGAAGAGUUGCUUCACGCUCAAGCCUUGUGUGAAAUAGGUUCAGAUUUGCAAAAGCAAUAUGUGUCUUCCAAACCAGGAGCUGCAGAUCUGAAAAUCAGCUUGCCCAGUCCGAGAGAUAAAGAGCGUGUACAUGUUCCUGAAGGUCCACCAGCGGGGGCAUCUACAGGAGCCUUAACACACUCAGACAUGGAAGUAGAGUCACCAGCUACCAUCUCUAAAGACCUGCCAGGAACACGUCAAGCAGAUCUGCAGGUAGAGAAGUCAACGCCCCAUGUUCCAGACCCAACCAAGCCACCAACGUCAGUCGUGCCAGAAUCAGAGCACAGGUCAGGAACACCAUUACAGGAAGGUGCACUGGAUCAGGCAGUAUCAUGCUUUGACAACUCAGCAGACCAAACGCAAUCAAAUGAGCCAAAAGACACAGAACCAUCGCCAGAGCCAUCGUCGCCAUCUGCACCGGAACUGGAUACAACACGGCUACGCACCUCAGGCCUAAAUGUGGAGUCACCAACAUUCGGUGAUUGUACAAUGCUACGGACUGCAGACACAUCCAUUGAUCCAGAGCGACCAGCUUUGGCAGCAGCAGCACCAGCAGCAACACCAUUGGCAACACAAGCAGCACCAGCAGCAGCACCAGCAGCAAAACCAGAACCAGCAGCAGUAUCAGCAGCAAUGACAACAGCAGCAGUAGAAAACUUAACAUCACCAAGUUCUCAACUAGGGGAGCAACAAGUACAAACUUCGGAGCAAGAGAGAAAGGAAUUACGAUCCAAUCCAGAUCCAGAAGAGUUGCUUCACGCUCAAGCCUUGUGUGAAAUAGGUUCAGAUUUGCAAGAGCAAUAUGUGUCUUCCAAACCAGGAGCUGCAGAUCUGAAAAUCAGCUUGCCCAGUCCGAGAGAUAAAGAGCGUGUACAUGUUCCUGAAGGUCCACCAGCGGGGGCAUCUACAGGAGGUUUAACACACUCAGACAUUGAAGUAGAGUCACCAGCUACAAUCUCCAAAGACCUGCCACGACCAUGUCAAGCAGAUCUGCGGGUAGAGGAGUCAAUGCCCCAUGUUCCAGACCCAACCAAAGCACCAACGUCAGUCGUGCCAGAAUCAGAGCACAGGUCAGGAACACCAUUACAGGAAGGUGCACUGGAUCAGGCAGUAUCAUGCCUUGACAACUCAGCAGACCAAACGCAAUCAAAUGAGCCAAAAGGCACAGAACCAUCGCCAGAGCCAUCGUCGCCAUCUGCACCGGAACUGGAUACAACACGGCUACGCACCUCAGGCCUAAAUGUGGAGCCGCCAACAUUCGGUGAUUGUACAAUGCUACGGACUGCAGACACGUCCAUUGAUCCAGAGCGACCAGCUUUGGCAGCAGCAGCACCAGCAGCAACACCAUUGGCAACACAAGCAGCACCAGCAGCAGCACCAGCAGCAGAACCAGAGCCAGCAGCAGUAUCAGCAGCAAUGACAACAGCAGCAGUAGAGAACUUAACAUCACCAAGUUCUCAACUAGGGGAGCAGCAAGUACAAACUUCGGAGCAAGAGAGGAAGGAAUUGCGAUCCAAUCCAGAUCCAGAAGAGUUGCUUCGCGCUAAAGCCUCGUGUGAAAUAGGUUCAGAUUUGCAAGAGCAAUAUGUGUCUUCCAAACCAGGAGCUGCAGAUCUGAAAAUCAGCUUGCCCAGUCCGAGAGAUAAAGAGCGUGUACAUGUUCCUGAAGGUCCACCAGCGGGGGCAUCUACAGGAGCCUUAACACACUCAGACAUGGAAGUAGAGUCACCAGUUACAAUCUCUAAAGACCUGCCAGGAACACGUCAAGCAGAUCUGCGGGUAGAGAAGUCAACGCCCCAUGUUCCAGACCCAACCAAGCCACCAACGUCAGUCGUGCCAGAAUCAGAGCACAGGUCAGGAACACCAUUACAGGAAGGUGCACUGGAUCAGGCAGUAUCAUGCUUUGACAACUCAGCAGACCAAACGCAAUCAAAUGAGCCAAAAGACACAGAACCAUCGCCAGAGCCAUCGUCGCCAUCUGCACCGGAACUGGAUACAACACGGCUACGCACCUCAGGCCUAAAUGUGGAGUCGCCAACAUUCGGUGAUUGCACAAUGCUACGGACUGCAGACACAUCCAUUGAUCCAGAGCGACCAGCUUUGGCAGCAGCAGCACCAGUAGCAGCACCAUUGGCAACACAAGCAGCACCAGCAGCAGCACAAGCAGCAGAACUAGAACCAGCAGCAGUAUCAGCAGCAACGACAACAGCAGCAGCAGCAAAAACAACAACAACAGCAAUAGCAGCAGCUCCAACAGCCGUAUCAGCAGCAAAAACAACAGCAGCAGCAGCAACGACAACAACAACAACAACAACAACAACAACAGCGGCAGCAGCGGCAGCAGCAGCAGCAGCAACGACAACCGCAGCAGCAGCAGCACCAGCAGCAGUAUCCGCAGCAACAAUAACAGCAGCACCAGCAGGAGCAGCAACAACAACUGCAGCAGCAGCAGCAACAACAACAGCAGCAGCAGCACCAGCAGCGACAACUGCAGCAGCAGCACCAGUAGUUUCAGCAGCAACAGCAGUUUCAGCAGCAGCAGCAACAGAACCAUCAUUAGCAGCAGGAGCAGGAGAAGUACUAGCUUCUGCAGCACCACUGGCAACAGAAUCCUCCUCUAUCACAAGAGUGGAUGAAGACGGGUGUGAUACGCCACCAGUGGCCAGUAUUACAAGUAUCAAUGUUUCAAACAAGCCUGGUGCUGUUGAUGUUCAUCUUAGCGAUGAAUCGGGUCCUGAGUCCUGUCGAGAUUCUUGUCUGGGCAUAGGCGCACUAGAGCAAGAAUCCGUCGACGAUGUUUCAGGACAUACUGAUAAGGGUGACGUGGACGCAGAGCAAGAAGAGGUGGAUGAAACUGCAGUUGCAGCUUCCCUUCUGGUGAUGACGGAUACCACGUGCACCCACAGUUCAGUGAAAGCAGUAGGCACUGAUUUGUCUCCUGCUCAGGCGAGACUGAUUGUGCCUUCAGAACAAAGUGGUGAUUAUGAGAUGCCACCGGCUACUGAGGAGGGUAUUUCUCAAGCAGUGGAACAUACAGGUACAACUUCAACGGAUAUGACAGCAACCUCUGAUGAAAGAAGUCCAAGUGGGGAGAAAGGGAUUGAUUUAUCACACACCGGUUCCACACAGUCUCUGAGAUGUGACGCCGGAGAUUCAGACUCCAGCAUCGUUGGCGAGUCAGAGUGCCGUAACCAUCACAACAGUGAUGAUGAUGAUGAUGAUGAUGAUGAUGAUGAUGAUAAGUCACCGCACACACCAACUGGUCGCUCUCUGAGUCACCAAAGCAGCGUAGACUCCUCUAACUCAUACAAAUCAACCUGCAGUUCAGUCCCUUGGUGCUCGGAUGGUGAAUACCAGGAAGAAGCUGAUAGCAGGAGUAAGGAUACCGUUGAUCAUGUGGACAAGCAUGUAUCCACACCUACUGAGGAGUAUGCAGCCAGACAGGAUAAUUGGAGCGCUGAUACUCACACACAAGCGGAAGAAUCUCAGGCCGAGAAUGGACAGGAGCAAUUGCACGUUCAAGCACUGGAGCAACGGAAAAAUCUGCGCUCAGAUCAAGCCAGCAAGCAAAUGGUGGUUGAUGUGUUCGAGUGGACAACCGGCACAUUGGAAAUCUUGGAGCGGCUAGAGUCCCCAGAGCAGUUUGAGAGGGAGCAGAUUCCACUCUCACCGGAAGCAAACAACAUGCUUGACAACUGGACCAAGGGUGGAGAAGGCAUUUCCAUCAAAGGGACUGUCCACCAUGCCAACAUAUUUCUUCUUCUGAUGUGGAUACAAGUCAGCAGCUGUAAUCCAGCUAUCCGUGACCAGGUGAAAACUGAGCUGAAAGAAAGCCUUGCCCACUGGCAGGAAACUGGCCUGGAGCUGAAGAGCGAAGUGUCCAAAGACCUCAUCAAGCAGCUGUUUCUCGCUCUGGACGGCAAGCAGCCCGAAGAGAUUGUGCCAGCCUACUCGCAAUCGUUAGUAUUUGAUGAUACUGUCGACGCUGCUUCACUCUCAAAGACAAUGUCAACUGUCUUCGGAGCAUACCAGAGAGGCGCGCAAAAAACAGACCAGCUAGAGAGAUCAUUCCGAGAGGACCCUAACAAGAAGGCCAGAAAGCCAAACCUCAGGAAGGAUACGCAACACUAUGACUUCAAAUGACCAGUUUCCAUACUACUUUCAGUCGUCCUACGAGGAAAACAUGAACUCCUUGAAGAACACUGGCCAAUGUGCUGUGUAGCAAAUAGGUAGGGACAAGGCUCUGUGCCACUGUCGCUCAGUUCAUGUCAUGUCACAACGGCAAGUAGUGCCAUUAGGUAGGUAAUACGCUAUGUGCCACAGCUUUGUGUUUUUUGGCUUGGGUUCACUAACUUUUGUUCUGCGUUGAAUUGUUCUUGGUUUGAAUUUGAUAAUUCAUAUGCUGUUUUUUUUUUACAAACACCGUUGGCCUUUCGACGCUGGUUCUUCAAGCGACAA